AUGCCCGCCUUAGGUUUGCCCGCUGAUGUCAGCGCUACUGCUGAUGGUACUCGUAGAUUGUUCAACAAGUGGUCUUACGAAGAUGUUGAAGUCAAAGAUAUCUCUCUCCAAGACUACAUUCAAAUCCGUCAACAAGUCUACUUGCCCCACACUGCCGGUCGUUUCGCUGUCAAGCGUUUCCGUAAGGCCCAAUGUCCCAUUGUUGAACGUUUAACCAACGCUUUGAUGAUGACUGGUCGUAACAACGGUAAGAAGCUCAUGGCUGCUCGUAUUGUUCAACACGCUUUCGAAAUCAUCAACUUGUUGACUGAUGCCAACCCUCUUCAAAUCCUCGUUGAUGCCAUCAUCAACUGUGGUCCUCGUGAAGAUUCUACCCGUAUCGGUUCUCAAGGUACUGUCCGUCGUCAAGCUGUUGAUGUCUCUCCUCUCCGUCGUGUCAACCAAGCUAUCUCUUUGUUGACUGUCGGUACUAGAGAAUCCGCUUUCCGUAACGUCAAGACCGUUGCUGAAUGUCUCGCUGAUGAAUUGAUCAACGCUGCUAAGGGUUCCGCCAACUCUUAUGCCAUCAAGAAGAAGGAUGAACUUGAACGUGUUGCCAAGUCCAACCGAUAA